UUUUGAAGUGAGCAUCUGGUACAAUUCAACGCUCAAUGAUGGUGAUGUAUUGCUUCGUAUUCCACGCUCAGUGAAUCUGGCAUCCAAUGCCUACCUUCGUUCUCAGCGAGGGCCUGGAACACAAAUGCUAUUUGAGUUUGUCAAAGGCAUGCACCCAGAAACAAACCAGGUUGCCCACGUGGAUUUUGCUUCUUAUUUAGGUCCUCUCUUCUUCACAUGGGUUGUUCUACAGUUAUUCCCUGUUGCUUUGAAAUCAUUGGUUUAUGAGAAACAACGGAAACUAAGAAUCAUGAUGAAAAUGCAUGGGCUUGGUGAUUGGCCUUAUUGGAUGAUUUCCUACCUUUACUUUCUUUUUGUAUCUUCAAUUUACAUGUUGAUUUUUGUAGCAUCUGGUGCACUUCUAGGAGCUACAUUGUUUUCAAAUGUUAAGACUGCUACAGUGGUAGCAUACAUAUGUGUCUUUGGAACAGGGUUCUUAGCAAGAUUUCUUUUCCAGUCUUUUGUUGAAAGUAACUCAUUUCCGAAAAUGUGGGUUAUGGUAAUGGAGAUAUAUCCAGGCUUUUCUCUAUAUCGUGGGAUAUAUGAGUUUGCACAAUAUAUUAUCUUGGAAGGUGGGAUGCGGUGGGAAGAUUUAAAUGAUAGUGAAAAUGGGAUGAAAGAGGUCUUGAUUAUCAUGUCCCUGGAGUGGUUGGUGGUGCUUUUUGCUGCAUAUGGUAUGGAUGUAGUUGUGUCACUAGGAAGUGGGGUUGGAAGAAGGCAAUCUCAAAAUUCUCGAAUGAAUCCUCUCUCAUUUUUUUGGAAGCCUAAUUUACAACAUAAGGACUCUAGACUUCAUGUUCAGAUGGAUAAUGCUGAUGUUAUCCAAGAGAGGGAGAAGGUUGACCAAUUGCUCCAUGAAUCAAGCACAAGCCAUGCCAUUGUUUGUGACAACCUCCAAAAGAUAUACCCAGGAAGAGAUGGAAACCCUGAAAAACUUGCAGUGCAAGGACUAUAUCUUGCUGUGCCUCAAGGGGAAUGCUUUGGUAUUCUUGGUCCCAAUGGUGCAGGCAAAACCUCUUUUAUCAGUAUGAUGAUUGGACUUAUAAAGCCAACCUUUGGCACUGCAUUUGUUCAAGGCCUUGAUAUACGGACUCAUAUGGAUCAAAUAUACACCAGCAUGGGUGUAUGCCCGCAGGAUGACCUUCUUUGGGAAACACUAACAGGGAGGGAGCAUUUACUAUUUUAUGGAAGACUUAAGAACCUUAGAGGUUCUGCAUUAACACAAGCAGUAGAAGAAUCUCUUAAGAGUCUCAACCUAUUUCAUGGAGGAGUUUCUGACAAACAAGCUGGAAAAUAUAGUGGUGGUAUGAAAAGGAGGCUAAGUGUAGCCAUUUCAUUAAUUGGGGAUCCCAAAGUUGUCUACAUGGAUGAACCAAGUACUGGAUUAGACCCAGCUUCAAGGAACAACUUAUGGAGUGUUGUGAAGAAAGCAAAGCAAGAUCGAGCUAUUAUUCUAACAACUCAUUCAAUGGAAGAGGCAGAGUUCCUAUGUGACCGAUUAGGAUUUUUUGUUGAUGGCAGCUUGCGGUGCAUAGGAAACCCAAAAGAGCUGAAGUCUAGAUAUGGAGGGUCUUAUGUGUUUACAAUUACAACAUCUUCGGAUCAUGAAGAAGAAGUGGAGAACAUGGUGCAACAUCUUUCACCAAGUGCCAACAAGGUAUACCAAUUAUCCGGAACCCAGAAGUUUGAGAUACCAAAAAGUGAGGUCAGAAUUGCAGAUGUAUUCCAAGCAGUUGAGACUGCAAAGAGCAAGUUCACUGUUUUUGCUUGGGGUUUGGCUGACACAAAUAUGGAGAAUGUUUUUAUCAAGGUUUCACGUGAGGCCCAUCAAUCCAACUCUUUGACAUGAUUGUUCAAUAUGUUCAAUGAUUCCUGCAAUACCAAUCUUAUUUUCAAACAAUUACUAUCCCUUGUGGUUUAAAUGUAGUCAUUGUAUGGUAAUU